AAAGGCGGCUCCGCACACCCAAGAUGGCGGCCGUGGAGCUGGAGUGGGUGCCCGAGACGCUCUAUAACACAGCGAUCUCGGCUGUGGUGGAUAGUUACGGACGGGCCCGGCGCCGCGACAUCCGCUCACUGCCCGAGAACAUCCAGUUCGACGUGUACUACAAGCUUUACCAGCAAGGCCGCUUAUGCCAGCUGGGUAGUGAAUUUUGUGAACUAGAAGUUUUCGCAAAGGUGCUACGAGCUUUAGAUAAAAGACACCUGCUUCAUCACUGUUUUCAGGCUUUGAUGGACCAUGGAGUAAAAGUUGCUUCUGUACUGGCCUAUUCCUUCAGUAGACGGUGCUCCUACAUAGCAGAAUCGGAUUCUGCUGUAAAAGAGAAAGCAAUCCAGAUUGGUUUUGUUUUAGGGGGGUUCCUAUCAGAUGCAGGCUGGUACAGUGAUGCUGAGAAGGUAUUUCUUUCCUGCCUUCAGUUAUGCACCCUUCAUGAUGAAAUCCUGCAUUGGUUUCGUGCUGUAGAAUGUUGUGUAAGGUUGCUGCAUGUUCGAAACGGUAACUGUAAAUAUCACUUGGGAGAAGAAACAUUCAAACUUGCUCAGUCUUACAUGGACAAACUUGCAAAACAUGGUCAGCAAGCAAACAAAGCAGCGCUGUAUGGGGAGCUGUGUGCACUGCUCUUUGCCAAGAGCCACUACGAUGAGGCUUAUAAAUGGUGUAUAGAAGCCAUGAAGGAGAUCACAGUUGGGCUGCCUGUAAAAGUAGUAGUGGAUGUUUUACGACAAGCUUCAAAGGCUUGUGUUGUAAAACGUGAAUUUAAGAAGGCUGAACAGCUGAUAAAACACGCCGUGUACCUUGCCCGGGAGCAUUUCGGAGCCAAGCAUCCCAAAUAUUCUGAUACGCUACUAGACUAUGGAUUUUACUUGCUUAACGUAGACAAUAUUUGCCAAUCUGUUGCCAUCUAUCAGACAGCUCUUGAUAUCCGGCAGUCAGUAUUUGGAGGUAAAAACAUACAUGUAGCUACAGCUCAUGAAGACUUAGCUUACUCUUCGUAUGUUCACCAGUACAGCUCUGGAAAAUUCGACAAUGCACUAUUCCAUGCCGAACGUGCUAUUGGCAUCAUAACUCACAUUCUCCCAGAAGACCAUCUUCUCUUGGCAUCUUCAAAGCGAGUUAAAGCACUUAUCCUGGAGGAGAUUGCAAUAGAUUGUCACAACAAGGAAACUGAGCAGAGGUUACUUCAAGAAGCUCACGACUUGCAUCUGUCCUCACUGCAGUUAGCUAAAAAAGCCUUUGGGGAGUUUAAUGUACAAACAGCAAAACACUAUGGCAACCUUGGAAGGCUGUAUCAGUCCAUGAGAAAGUUUAAGGAAGCAGAAGAAAUGCACAUCAAGGCAAUUCAGAUUAAGGAGCAGCUUCUAGGUCAAGAAGAUUAUGAAGUUGCCCUGUCAGUGGGUCAUCUAGCUUCUCUCUAUAACUAUGAUAUGAACCAAUAUGAAAAUGCUGAAAAGCUUUACUUGCGGUCCAUAGCAAUCGGAAAGAAGCUUUUUGGUGAAGGAUACAGUGGACUUGAAUAUGAUUACAGAGGUCUCAUUAAACUGUACAAUUCCAUUGGCAAUUACGAGAAAGUUUUUGAAUACCACAAUAUUUUGGCCAAUUGGAACCGGUUGCGGGAUCGGCAGUUCUCCGUUACAGAUGCUCUGGAGGACGUAAGCACCAGCCCUCAAUCCACUGAAGAAGUGGUCCAGUCUUUUCUGAUGUCUCAGAAUGCUGAUGGACAGAGUAGCUAAGAACUCAGUCAAUUAACCAGUUAAGGUUUUUUCCCCCAGGUUACAGGGGGAAAAGUCAUACUGUGAAAUCUAAACCAUCUAGUUCUCUGGGGGCUGGAAUUUGCAUUGAAACACUGGUCCAGUCUACUGAAGAGUGCCCAUACGGAUGAAUGUGUGUUAAAUUCUUAUCAGCAUGUGUAUGGCAUGUUUAGUUCGGCUCACAUUUUUAACUUGGUAUUCCCGAAAACUCCUUUCUCUAUUCUUUCAAAAGAAGCUACUUUGCAGAAAGUCUGCAAGCAAAUACUAAAUAAAACUGUUUGAGUUCAAAA